GACCGGGAGGUGGUCCGGCGGCCCGCGGUCCGGGUGGCAGACCUCGCGUGCACAGGGCGUGGCGCCACCGCGCCACCGUGAUGUCAGGCGCGGGCCGGCGCGCGAUUGGCCAGCCGGCAUGUGGCGCGCUCUGGCGCGGGCGCGGGCGGUUGGGCUGUGGGCCCCUGGGGGCGGGGCGGGGGCGUGGGGGCGGGGCCUGCGGGAGGGGCGGCGGCGGCCGGCGGCCGGCGCUAAAGCUGGAGUGUCCGCGGCGGCGCGGGAGCGCUGCGACGGCCGACGCCUGAGCUUCCCGGGACGGACCAGCCCCGCCGCAGCGAUGCCCGAGGUGGACACCGGCCGCCUCGACCCGCAGCAGGUGCAGCUCCUGGCGGAGAUGUGCAUCCUCAUCGACGAGAACGACACCCGCAUCGGGGCGGACACCAAGAAGAACUGUCACCUGAACGAGAACAUCGAGAAAGGGCUGCUGCACCGGGCGUUCAGCGUCUUCCUGUUCAACGCCGACAACAAGCUCCUGCUGCAGCAGCGGUCCGACGCUAAGAUCACCUUUCCGGGUUGUUUUACCAAUACCUGUUGUAGUCAUCCGUUAAAUAAUCCAAGAGAGGUUGAAGAAAAUGAUGCAAUUGGAGUAAGACGAGCAGCGCAGAGGCGUUUAAUGGCUGAAUUAGGAAUUCCCAUGGAACAGGUUCCUCCAGAAGAAAUUAAUUACCUAACACGAAUUCACUACAAAGCUCAAUCUGAUGGUAUCUGGGGAGAACAUGAAAUUGAUUACAUUUUGUUUGUGAGGAAGAACGUGACUUUGAAUCCAGAUCCCAAUGAGAUUAAAAGCUAUUGUUAUGUGUCCAAGGAAGAACUAGAAGAGCUUCUGGAAAAGGCAGCCAGUGGUGAGAUUAAGAUAACUCCGUGGUUUCAAAUUAUUGCAGAGACUUUUCUCUUUAAAUGGUGGGAUAACUUAAAUCAUUUGAAUCAGUUUGUUGACCAUGAGAAAAUACAUAGAAUGUGAAUGUGGAGAUGAAUGAUUAGUAAAGUACUGAAAAACUUCUGUAUGUAGUAAACUUAAAAUUUUUUUAAAUUUUGUUCCCCAUUAGAACUCUCAUUUGAAACAUUGAUACAACCAGUAUUUAUGUGGAAAAUACAACCAAAUUUUUAAUUUUGUAUCACACAACCUAUAUGUGUGCACUGCUAUUUGCAAAAGACAUUUAUGAGAGAUUAUUGUAAAAGAGAGCAAAUAAAUUUGUCUAAACACAGAUCCUGACAAAUUUGAAUAAGUGAAGCUCUUCAUUUUUGAUAUGUUGUGAUAAACAUUUUCAGAACUCUUGUAGAGCACCUUGCUCUUCACUAGGCUCUUUGCUUUCUAUAUCAUUAGCUUUUAUCAUAGUCUAGAAAAAUGUGCAAUGGAAGCCAUGUGCUUAGCUACGUCAAAGCAGUCCAAAUUAACUUUCCAUGUUAACAUAUUAAACUGGUAGAACAGGUUCAAGGGAAAUUAAGGUAGCAUGUAUCCUGAUUUCUGUCACUCUGAGUUGCUUUUGUGGUUUAAGCAUUCUGGAAGUAUCAUUUUGACACUUAAAGUCAAACAUUGCUUUUAGAAAUAUUGGCAGAUUAAAUCUUUUAAAUAGUCUUUGCCAAUUAGUAAAGUCUGUGUUUUCAAAAUUACGAUGGACAGACUAUUUGUAAAAUGAAAAUUGGGUUGAUUGGGUCAUACUUUACAACAGGAUUUCUUAACUUUGGCACUGUUGCCAUUUGGACUGGAUAAUUCUUUGUUGUUGGGGUUCAUUCUGUGCAUUGUAGGAUGUUUAGCAGCGUUCCAAGGUUCUACCCGCUGAAUGCCAUUAGCACCCCUUCCCCAUGACACUUGCAAUGGCACCAGAUGCCACUUGUCUCCUGGAGGGCACAGUUGUCCCUGUGUGAGAACCACUCUUCUACAAAGUCAGGCCAUAUUGUAGGGGGAAAAAGAUUUACAGGCUAAUGUUCAUGUUAAAUAGAUUUUGGUUAUGGAAUAUGUGUCUAUUAAUAUUUAAAUUGUAUCUUGACUAAUGGACUUUUUAAAACUCUUGCCGUAGAUAGAUUUCUCAAAUUUGAUGUCUUAAGACAGCUAUGUUAUCCUUGAAUGCAGUAUAAUAAAAAAUAAUGAA